AUGGGCUUGCUUUCCACGAUGGUGCUCAUUUUGAUCAAGGGGUUGCUGCUGUUGGCCCUGCUGGAACCCUGGGCCAAGGACAAGACCUACCGCUUCCGCAGUGGCGACACCUUUUCACUCCAACUUUUGAUGCUGACUCUCCUCUUGUCCGCCAGCUUGGUGGGCUAUGUGAUGUUGUGGUUUGAGCCGUCCCCGGAUUGUACCCCUUUCCGGGGCACCAGUUCGCCUUGGGAUGUAAUGGAAGAAUGGAUCCAUGGCGGUCCCAGUUGGCUAGUCACCUUUGUUAACUUCUUGACCCAGCCUGCCUUCUUGGUGCCUCUUCUCAUCGUCAUGGGGUAUGUGCCUGUGCACCUGGGCUGCCUGGGCCUGACCUGUGGCUUGGACGCAACUGUAUCCCUUGUCCGGGACGCAAAGCUCUCGAAAUUUCAACUCAUUUCGACCCAACCGCGCUGUGUAUGCAGAUUCGCCUCUUUCCACUAUCACAGUGCUGUGCGCUAUCACACGGGCACUGUACUAUACAUGGAUGAGGUUUUGAAAAAUGAUCAAGACAGCCGCAAGCGCCUCAUCAAAAACUGGAUGAAGACGAUGCACCACAUGGCUGUGGUCAACGGGCGCAAGGUUGGACCCAACCGCAACUCACAACGCAAUUCCCAGCGCCACCGCUAA